AUUUUGAAGGAAGUAUGGAGCCUGAGUUAGUUGGGAAAGUUUUAAAGUUAAUAGCAGAAUCAUAUCCAAAUUUGGAAUAUCUUAAUAUAUCUAUUUUAGAUAAUUUAUUUCAAUGGAAAAUUGAUAAAGGUCUAACUGCAAUCGCAGAUUCAUAUCAUAAAUUAGAAUGUCUAAAUAUUUCUAAUCAUACAGAGUUUUCUGAAAUAUCAAUCUGCAAUGUUAUUCGUUCUUGUCCAAAAUUCUAA